AUGGCCUCGUUCCAGUCCGAGUGGGAAGGGCAUGCUGGUGGGGACCCCUCAGCCCCAGACCCUGUCCUCUCAGUGUUAGACCACUACUUUCAGGUUAGGUGUACCUUGGACCGAGACUGGAACUCUUCCCCUGCUGUAGCAGGACCACAGGACACGUGGCAUGUUUACCUCUCUGGUGCUGGGAUCACAGAAGCCUCUCUUGCUAAGGAUGAGGAGGAUUCAAGUCUGGCACGAGAAUGGCGACUGGUCAUUCGCCCCAAUCGCUCAAUGGAGUUUACAAUGGUUUGA